AUGUAUAAAGAUGACCCUAGGAACGAAAUCACAUAUUCGUCAAAGGGACGCAUCAAAUAUGUGCGAAAUCGCAGUAAGAAACCGCUGCCUGUGAGCCCAGCUACAAAUCUACAGGAGGCGCGUCGUUUAUGGGUCUUCAUCCUUCCAGUUAUCGUGGGUACUAGUACACCUACACUGCAGGACCUCAAGGAUUUCUUGAACACACACCAAAAGAUCUGGUUGUUCUUGACUAGCAAAACUAGCUACACCGGCAAAUAUGAACAUAAGUGCAUCGCUUUUCAAGUUCUAGAUAGCCAAGAAAGCGAGUACACACUUGCCGAAUUCUACGAAUAUCACUUGCUUUGGGAAUACUAUAAGUUGUAUGCAAAUAUUUCCAUGGUGCAACAAGGCAGUAAGAGAUACCCCGUCAUGGAUGUAGGCAAAACAAAAGGAGCACCUGGGAUUCGAUAUACCCUCCAGUUAUGGGACCCAAACGAUCGUUGCGCCGUUCGCACAUAUAACGAGGGUGGAAACACUGAAUGCCAAUUACAUAUUUGGCAUGAAGCAGUUAGAAGAAAUGUGACCAAAUGCAAAAACACCUUUAAAAAGCACUGCCCAAAAAGGAAGCACCGGGUUUUCUAUUACAAGACUUGCGCUGGAUAGCAAAAAUGAAAAGGAAUUGAUGAAAAGUUGUCCAUUUCUUCACGAUUUCUUGAAAUGUGCACACGUGCAACUACACAACCUAAUAAUCUAAUUAGCCUAGUCCUUGAACAGGAAACCAUGCUGCAAUUAUUUCUUCUAUUGCACUUUCACCACAGACUAACAGAUGUAUGCACAAAGUCCAUUAACAUGGAUUGUAUUCUGAAAACAGAGUUUGUAAUAAUGUGUCGUGCUGUCGGCGUUCUACAUUGUCGAUGCUAUUAUCUGACCUGUCCACAACAUGUGAAUGCACAUUGAUCUUGCUGCUAGUCUUCAUGUUAUCACGAGCGUUCAUACCUUUACCUGUUGUAUUCAGCCUGAAUUAUUAAUUCAAUAAAACUGUUGGUGUACACUUGUGGCAAUAUUAAAG